AUGCUGUUACAGGGAUCGGUGUCAUUUGAGGAUGUGUCUGUGGACUUUACCCAGGAAGAGUGGAAUCAACUGAACCCUAUUCAGAGGAGCUUAUACAGAGAUGUGAUGCUAGAGAAUUAUAGCCAUCUUGUCUCUCUGGGGUAUCCUAUUACAAAACCAGAAGUUAUCACAUCUUUAGAGCGAGGAGUCCUUGGCAUCAUAAAGAGAGAAAUCCCAAAUUCAGGUUGCACAGAAGAUGGGCAAGCUGAAGACCAUGUAGAGUGGCAUCAGAAAAACCAAAAUAAACACCUGGAGCAGGAAAAUGUGACUGAAGAAAGAAGUUAUGAAUGUAAUGGAUUUGUAAGCCCACUUUCUCAGAACACAUGGGUAGUUUCUUCAAGACCCACACCCUAUAUGAAUAAUUCAUUUGGGAAAAGUAUUAAAGAUAAUUUAGGAUUACUCAAUCCUACUAGCCUGAGUUUUGCAGCUCAGGAAUGUUAUGAAUGUAAUAGAUGUAGGAGAUUAUUAAUUCCUGGAAAACAUGAGAUAAAUGACAGAAUGAAGUCUCAUGACCAUAAUGUAUAUGGUAAAGAUCAUAUUUAUAACUUUGUUCAGCAUGACUUGACUCAACUUGGAGACAGAUCCUAUGAAUGUCCUGAGUGCAGAAUAACCCUCAGUCCAAGUUCAUUCCUUAUUGUUCAUCAGAUCACUCAUGUAGGAGAAAAGCCUUAUGAAUGGACAGGAUACAGAGAAGCAUUCAACAACACAGCACAUCUCAGUCUACAUCAAACAAUGCACACAGGAAACAAGCUCUUUGAAUGUAAUGAAUGUGGCAAAUCCUUCAGAGAGGAAUCCACACUGCAUAUACAUCAAAGAACACAUACAGGUGAAAAACCAUAUGUAUGCACUGAAUGUGGCAGUGCAUUCCAAGAAAAGACAAAUCUCAUCAUACAUCGGAGAACUCACAAAGGAGAGAAGCCCUAUAAAUGUACAGAUUGUGAAAAAACCUUCAACCAAAAGGCACAUCUGAAUGUACAUCAGCGGACACACACGGGAGAGAAACCUUUUGAAUGUACUGAUUGUGGCAAGUACUUCAGAGAAAAAUCAACACUGAAUAUACAUCAAAGAACUCAUACAGGAGAGAAACCAUAUGUAUGCAAUGAGUGUGGCAAAGCCUUCAGAGAAAAGACAAAACUCAUUAUACAUCAAAGAACUCACACAGGAGAGAAACCCUAUGAAUGUUCAGAAUGUGGGAGAGCCUUCAACCAAAAGGCACACCUCAGUGUACAUCAAAGAACACACACAGGAGAGAAACCUUUUGAAUGCAAUGAAUGUGGCAAAGCUUUCAGAGAAAAAUCAACACUGCGCAGACAUCAAAGAAUUCAUACAGGAGAAAAACCUUAUGUGUGUUCAGAAUGUGGAAGAGCCUUUACCCUUAAGCUGAGCCUCAGUGCUCAUCAGAGAAUUCAUACAGGAGAAAAAACAGAUGGCUGUACUGUGUGUGGGAAAGUCUUCUCCCGGAAGUCAUACCUCAUGUUACAUCAAAGAGCUCAUACAAGAGAAAAAUUUGAAAAGUCAUAUGAAUGCAAUGAAUGUGAUAAAGCAUUCUUCCAAAAAUCAUAUCUCAUUAUUCAUCAGAGAGUUCACACAGGGGAAAAACCCUAUGAGUGUAAUAUAUGUGAGAAAUCCUUCUCCCAAAAAUCGUAUCUCAUUAUUCAUCAAAGAACGCAUACAGGAGAGAAACCCUAUCAAUGUGAUAAGUGUAGCAGAGCCUUCAGAGAGAAGUCCAAACUCACUGUGCAUCAGAGAAGCCACUUAGGAGGGAAAUCCUAUGACUGCCCUGAAUUGGAAAGAAAUUUUCAAGAGGUCAAAGUUCAUCGUGGAUUAGAGAACUUAGAGAUAAGAGAAAACAAAGAACUGAAAAUGGAAGAUCUAUCAUAGUAAAGUCAAAGUAAAGGAAAAUGUAAAAUGUCAUGGGGAAGUUGUGCUGUAGCUAAGGUGCUUUUCUAAGGAUAUGACUGACAACUGUGCUUAAAAUUCAGCACCAGCCAUAUUGGGGGAAGAGCAUUCUGAGAAAAAGGAAUAAAAAGGUCCUCUGUUUUAAAGCCAAAAAAAAAA